GGUGGGCAGCGCACUCAUCAAGUGGAAAUGAGAUUUCAUCACGUAACGUACACAUCCGUCGCUAUAAAUCCUUCAAAGCUUCAUCUUCAACCUUGGCUGGGAACAUACUUUUCGUCGUUUCUGCACUGCCUUCUCAAACUCUCCAUUAUCUUGGGUCUUUAUUCAAUCUUCACCUCACUAAGUGGUGGUGGCUAUGGGAGGUGUUGUGGGCAAGGUUGAGUUACCCAAGGGAAAUAUUGUUGAGUCUAAGCUUGAAGCUAAAGUGGUUGAAGUUAUGAAGGGUAGAGCAUCUAAAGGAAGUUCAAUCAAAUCAUUUAACAGCAUCAUAUUGAAGUUUCCCAAGAUCGACACCAGUUUAAGAAAGUGCAAGGAUAUCUUUGAGCAAUUCGACGAGGACAGAAAUGGCGCUAUAGAUCGAUUGGAGCUGAAACACUGCUUCCAUAAUUUGGAACUUAAUUUUACAGAAGAGGAAGUUAAUGAUCUCUUUAAUGCAUGUGAUGUUAAUGAGGACAUGGGAAUUGAGUUCAAUGAGUUCAUUGUCCUUCUCUGCCUUGUCUACCUUCUGAAGGAGAAGCCUUCUGCACUACUACAAGCAAAAUCAGUUAUGAGCAUGCCAAAUCUGGAGUCGACCUUUGAGACAUUGGUGGACGCCUUUGUGUUCUUGGACAAGAAUAAGGAUGGUUACGUUAGCAAAAAUGAGAUGAUUCAAGCAAUAGACGAGACAGGGGAAAGGUCAUCUGCACGAAUAGCCAUGAAACGAUUUGAAGAGAUGGACUGGGACAAAAAUGGAUCGGUGAACUUUAAGGAAUUUUUGUUUGCCUUCACGAGAUGGGUUGGAAUCGACGAGGCUGAAGAUGAUUGAAAAUUAACGACAAUUGAGAGACUUAUAAUAAAAUCAUCUGUAUAAACAUGUUCAUGAAUUUCGCCUAACUAGUGAACUGCCUGUAUAUAUAUAACAUAGUCACUGUGAUAUCAUGUUGUGUUUAUAAAGACUAUUAUCAAUAACAAGAGUAUUUAUUUAAUCAA